GUGUGGCAGCCAUGGCUGGGGUGGCAGGUGAGGAGCAGAAGACAAUGAGCUAGCAGCAGGCUGAGGGUGAGCGCUGGUAGGUAGUGGGCGGAGUGUGAGCGGGCUGCGCGCUCCCCGCACCGAGUGCUGCUGCUGGUGUGCGUGUGUCCCGGUGCCGCGCUUCCAGCAGACACAAAGCUCCGGCCGCCAGUGUGCGGGGUACAGCGUGCACUACAUCGCCCAUCAUCGUCUGCCCUCACAGCCCACCCAUUCACUUGAUCCCGAACCCGCCAUCUCAGCUAGAUGCUCGCUGCAAAGAAGUCCGAGUCGAGUGGGGGUGGUGAGAACGGCACCGAGUGCCCUCCGCCGGCCCCCUCCUCGUCCUCCUCCUCAUCGUCUUCCUCGUCCUCCUCCGGGAUCAUGGUCUCCCCGGAUACUGGGGCGCCUAUGGAAAGGACCCCGAGGAAGAAAGAAAGGUCCUCUCCCGGGGCCGAACACGGAGGCCCCUCUGUACCCGGGAUCAUGGCGGGAGCGGACGGGGGGCAACCAGAGACCCCCGAAGGGCGACGAACUAGCCGCAGAAAGAGAGCGAAGGUGGAGUACAGAGAGAUGGAUGAAAGCCUUGCCAACCUUUCUGAAGAUGAAUAUUACUCUGAAGAGGAGAGGAAUGCAAAAGCCGAGAGGGAGAAGAAAGUGCCACCACCCCCUCCACAAGCUCCUCCCGAGGAAGAGAUUGACAGUGAACCGGAAGAGCCUUCAGGUAACGGUGUGGAAGGUGCGGCCUUUCAGAGCAGACUUCCACAUGAUAGAAUGACUUCCCAAGAGGCGGCGUGCUUCCCCGAUAUUAUCAGUGGCCCACAACCAACUCAGAAGGUCUUCCUUUACAUCCGGAAUCGUACUUUGCAAUUGUGGUUAGACAACCCAAAGGUUCAACUGACGUUUGAGGCUACACUUCAGCAGCUAGAAGCACCUUAUAAUAGCGAUUCUGUGCUGGUUCACAGGAUACACUGCUAUCUUGAAAGACAUGGGUUAAUAAACUUUGGCGUCUACAAAAGAUUGAAGCCUUUACCAACUAAGAAAACAGGCAAGGUAAUAAUUAUUGGCUCUGGAGUGUCUGGUCUAGCGGCAGCUCGCCAGUUACAAAGUUUUGGCAUGGAUGUUACUCUGUUAGAGGCUAGGGAUCGAGUUGGAGGAAGAGUUGCUACAUUUCGUAAAGGAAAUUAUGUUGCUGAUUUAGGUGCAAUGGUAGUCACAGGACUUGGUGGGAAUCCAAUGGCUGUGAUUAGCAAGCAAGUAAAUAUGGAACUGGCGAAAAUAAAGCAAAAAUGCCCACUGUAUGAAGCUAAUGGACAAGCUUUUCAGGUGCCCAAAGAAAAGGACGAAAUGGUGGAACAGGAGUUUAACCGUCUAUUGGAAGCGACAUCCUACCUCAGCCACCAACUGGAUUUUAAUAUUCUUAAUAACAAGCCUGUCUCACUAGGGCAAGCUUUGGAGGUUGUUAUACAGCUUCAGGAAAAACAUGUGAAAGAUGAACAGAUUGAGCACUGGAAGAAAAUAGUGAAAACUCAGGAAGAACUGAAAGAACUGCUAAAUAAGAUGGUUAAUUUAAAAGAGAAGAUAAAGGAGCUUCAUCAGCAAUUCAAGGAAGCUUCUGAAGUAAAGCCUCCUCGAGAUAUCACUGCCGAGUUCUUAAUGAAAAGCAAGCACAGAGAUCUGACUGCACUCUGCAAGGAGUAUGAUGUGUUAGCAGAGAGCCAAGUAAAACUUGAAGAAAAAUUGCAAGAACUUGAAGCCAAUCCUCCAAGUGAUGUUUACUUGUCCUCGCGGGACAGACAGAUACUUGAUUGGCAUUUUGCAAAUUUAGAGUUUGCCAAUGCUACACCCCUCUCUACAUUGUCUCUGAAGCAUUGGGACCAGGAUGAUGACUUUGAAUUCACUGGCAGCCAUUUAACUGUCCGGAAUGGUUAUUCCUGUGUUCCCGUAGCACUAGCAGAAGGGUUAGAUAUAAAACUUAACACCGCUGUACGCCAAGUACGCUACACAGCUUCUGGAUGUGAGGUUAUAGCAGUGAACACACGAUCUACUAGUCAAACAUUCAUUUAUAAGUGUGAUGCUGUCCUUUGCACUUUACCACUUGGUGUACUAAAACAACAGCCCCCUGCUGUCCAGUUUGUACCCCCACUGCCAGAGUGGAAAACUUCUGCUGUUCAAAGGAUGGGUUUUGGAAAUCUAAAUAAGGUUGUACUCUGUUUUGACAGAGUAUUUUGGGACCCUACUGUGAAUUUAUUUGGCCAUGUCGGAAGCACGACUGCAAGCAGAGGGGAGUUAUUCCUAUUCUGGAACCUUUAUAAAGCUCCAAUACUCCUGGCACUCGUAGCUGGAGAAGCUGCAGGAAUAAUGGAAAAUAUCAGCGAUGAUGUUAUAGUCGGACGUUGUUUGGCCAUUCUGAAAGGGAUAUUUGGAAGCAGUGCAGUUCCACAGCCAAAAGAGACCGUUGUCAGCCGCUGGCGUGCUGAUCCAUGGGCUCGUGGAUCCUACUCAUAUGUAGCAGCAGGUUCCUCUGGGAAUGACUAUGAUUUAAUGGCUCAACCAAUUACUCCAGGUCCUGCUAUUCCUGGAGCACCACAGCCAAUUCCACGCUUGUUCUUUGCUGGGGAGCACACCAUCCGAAAUUAUCCAGCCACUGUUCAUGGAGCUCUUCUAAGUGGUCUAAGAGAGGCUGGGCGUAUUGCUGAUCAGUUCCUUGGUGUCAUUUAUAAUCUACCUCGUCAGACCACCCCUGGGGUUCCUGCACCAGCUAUGUAGUCAAAUCUAGAAGGACCUUGGAUUGCUGACCUCUUUAGACUGGAUAACUCCUCUACACCUUGCACACAUUUCUGGCUGCAGAAGCGUUUCUUGAAAAGUUACAUACCAAGCUGGCCGUCAAGAAGUAUUUGAUGAAUUUUAUUACUUCUGCGUAUUUUAUAACAAGACAUUGAAUCCUGGUGUUUAAACACUUGUUGGGUGAAUCAUAAUCGGUAUUCUCUAGCAUUAACAGCUAUUUUUUGCAUCAUGAAUUUUGCCUCCUAAUGUUUAAAUAAACAUUAUACUGGCGUAGAAUAA